CGUGCGAUUUCUCUUUGUUGCUUCGAUCAUAAUGUCUUCCUCAAGCAAGUCUUCCAUUAUUGACCUGACGCACCCUCUCGACCCUGACAAAAUCACUAUCUAUCCUGGUGAUCAUAAUUUUAGCUGCUGCCCUACUUCCACCGUCGCUCGAGACGGAUACAGCGUUCAUUCUCUUUCUCUCGGUACACACACCGGCACACACAUCGAUGCACCCUCUCACUUUAUCUUAAACGGCGCGACCAUCGACCAGAUCCCCUUGGACGCGUUAAUAUCUCGCCCAGCCAUUGUGGUGGACUUGACGUAUAAAAAGGCAGGAACAAAGAUACUCUGGGAUGAUGAUUUAGCAAAAUACGAGUCCAAGAUGAAGGAAGGAACCAUGCUUCUGCUCUACACAGGCUGGUCGGCGCACUGGGCGACCCCUGCUUAUAUGAAGUAUCCAUACUUAGAUCGAGAUGCCGCAGAGAGAAUCAUUUCAACGGGACUGAAAAUCAUAGGAUCAGACACGCUCAGUCCAGACGAAAUUGAUGGUCCUGAGGGAUACGGUGUACAUCUGGCAAUACUAGGCGCUGGAGGACUGAUUGUCGAGAAUAUGACCAACUUGAAGGCGUUGGUGGAACUGGAAGCAGAAGGUGGGACCGAUUCAGAGUUAUCGGUUAGUAUCAUCCCGCUCAGCCUUCCCAAGUGCGAUGGAUCACCGGUACGUGCAUUUGGAUGGAAGCGCCGUAGCUCGAUUUAACACGUAGUAUAAUCAACAAGCCGAUGUAUAUAUUACUUCCAAAAUGUGCAAUGCAACAAAGAUAUACAA